AUGUCAGCUCUGAAAUUUGAACUGGAUAAUCUUUCACCUAAAUUCUGCAGACAUGAGCAGGCUUCCCACUCUGACCUGAUUUUAACCUGCUUGACUGAACUCUCCAGUGAUUCUAGUCAAUUGGAACUUCAGCACUCCAUUUCUGACCCCAGGGACCUGCAAAAGUUGUACUCAUCUCCUCAUGGGCUUGAGAAGACUGUGUGGGCUGCCAAUGGCAAACACAAUGAAGGUAUGAAUAUAAGCAAAAGUGAGAUUAUGAAAGAAACCUCAUUAAAGCCAUCUCGGAGAUCUCUACCAUGCCUUGCCCAGAGCUACGCUCAUUCCAAGAGCUUGAGCCAAUCAACUUCACUCUUCCAGUCAACCGAAAGUGAAUCUCAGCCUCCCACUUCUGUAACCUUAAUUUCUGCUGACAAAGUAGACCUUGCUAACCUUGAGGACAAUAAAAAGGAUUCUGGACUGAAAUGUUCCUUUGCUGACCUCAGUGAUUUUUGCUUGGCCCUAGGUAAAGAUAAAACUUACCUGGAAGAAUCAGAACAUGCUAAUUAUGACCGAUCUCGCCUCAUUAAUGACUCUGUUACCAAAGAAAAACCUGAAACCAAGUCAAAAUUGCCUAAGAAUGACAUGAAUUACAUAGCAUCCAGUGGACUUCUCUUCAAAGAUGGCAAAAAACGAAUUGAUUACAUCCUGGUUUAUAGGAAGACAAAUAUACAGUAUGACAAAAGAAAUACAUUUGAGAAGAACCUCAGAGCCGAAGGUUUAAUGUUGGAGAAAGAGCCAGCUAUUGCAAAUCCCGAUAUUAUGUUUAUUAAAAUUCACAUACCAUGGGACACACUGUGCAAGUAUGCAGAGAGGCUGAACAUCAGAAUGCCCUUCAGGAAAAAAUGCUAUUACACUGACGAGAGGAACAAAUCAAUGGGCAGGGUACAAAAUUAUUUCAGAAGAAUCAAAAAGUGGAUGGCUCAAAACCCAAUGGUUCUGGACAAGUCGGCUUUUCCAGACCUGGAGGAGUCAGACUGCUAUACAGGUCCUUUCAGCCGAGCACGCAUUCACCACUUUAUAAUAAACAAUAAGGACACCUUCUUCAGUAAUGCUACUCGAAGCAGAAUUGUCUAUCACAUGUUGGAGCGUACCAAAUAUGAAAAUGGAAUAUCAAAAGUGGGUAUCCGUAAGCUUAUAAACAAUGGCUCAUAUAUAGCAGCAUUUCCCCCACAUGAGGGAGCCUACAAAAGUAGCCUGCCCAUCAAAACUCAUGGGCCUCAGAAUAACAGACACCUGUUGUACGAGCGCUGGGCACGCUGGGGAAUGUGGUACAAGCAUCAGCCUCUGGAUCUAAUCAGGCUGUACUUCGGUGAGAAGAUUGGGCUGUAUUUUGCCUGGCUGGGAUGGUACACCGGAAUGCUCAUUCCUGCAGCAGUUGUUGGCUUGUGUGUUUUCUUCUAUGGAUUAAUAACAAUGAAUGAAAGUCAAGUAAGCCAAGAAAUUUGUGAAGCCACUGAAGUGUUCAUGUGUCCUCUGUGUGAUAAGAAUUGCUCAUUGCAGAGACUCAAUGACAGCUGCAUCUAUGCCAAGGUGACAUACUUAUUUGAUAAUGGAGGAACAGUCUUCUUUGCUAUUUUUAUGGCAAUAUGGGCCACAGUCUUCUUGGAGUUUUGGAAAAGGAGAAGAAGUAUACUGACCUACACUUGGGAUCUUAUUGAAUGGGAAGAAGAGGAGGAAACACUUCGUCCCCAGUUUGAAGCCAAAUAUUACAAGAUGGAGAUAAUAAAUCCUAUCACAGGAAAACCUGAGCCUCAUCAGCCAUCAUCAGACAAAAUCAGUCGUCUUCUUGUGUCUGUGUCAGGAAUAUUCUUCAUGAUUUCCUUGGUGAUCACAGCAGUGUUCGCAGUGGUGGUUUAUCGCCUGGUGGUCAUGGAACAAUUCGCUUCCUUCAAGUGGAGCUUCAUCAAGCAACACUGGCAGUUUGCAACUUCUGGUGCUGCUGUCUGUAUCAAUUUCAUCAUUAUUAUGUUGCUGAAUCUUGCUUAUGAAAAAAUUGCUUACCUUCUCACUAAUUUAGAAUAUCCUCGAACUGAGUCUGAAUGGGAAAACAGCUUUGCCCUGAAGAUGUUCCUUUUCCAAUUUGUCAAUUUAAACAGUUCUAUCUUCUACAUUGCUUUCUUUUUGGGAAGAUUUGUGGGCCACCCAGGAAAAUACAAUAAACUUUUUGAUCGGUGGAGACUAGAGGAAUGCCAUCCUAGUGGCUGUUUGAUAGACCUCUGCCUCCAGAUGGGAGUCAUAAUGUUCUUGAAGCAAAUCUGGAACAACUUUAUGGAACUGGGAUACCCGUUGAUCCAGAACUGGUGGUCAAGACAUAAAAUCAAGCGAGGAAUACAAGAUGCUUCCAUCCCUCAGUGGGAAAAUGACUGGAAUCUGCAGCCCAUGAACAUUCAUGGACUGAUGGAUGAGUACUUAGAAAUGGUUUUGCAGUUUGGUUUUACCACGAUCUUUGUUGCGGCUUUUCCUCUGGCCCCUCUUUUGGCUUUGUUAAACAAUAUCAUCGAAAUAAGACUAGAUGCAUAUAAAUUUGUUACCCAGUGGCGAAGGCCUCUGCCAGCCCGAGCAACUGACAUAGGUAUCUGGCUUGGAAUUCUGGAAGGAAUCGGUAUAUUGGCAGUGAUCACCAAUGCUUUCGUAAUUGCUAUUACAUCUGACUACAUCCCACGUUUUGUCUAUGAAUACAAAUAUGGCCCCUGUGCUAAUCAUUCAGGACAGAAUGAAAAUUGCUUAAAGGGUUAUGUCAACAACAGCCUAUCUUUCUUUAACCUGAGUGAGCUUGGUAUGGGAAAAUCUGGUUAUUGCAGGUACCGAGACUACAGAGGCCCACCUUGGAGUUCCAAACCCUACGAGUUUACCUUACAAUACUGGCACAUCCUUGCUGCUCGACUGGCCUUCAUUAUUGUGUUUGAGCACCUCGUUUUUGGGAUUAAGUCAUUCAUCGCAUACUUGAUUCCAGAUGUGCCUAAAGGCCUUCAUGAACGAAUACGACGAGAGAAGUACUUAGUCCAAGAAAUGAUGUAUGAAGCUGAAUUAGAGCAUUUACAACAACAACGGAGAAAAAGUGGUCAGCCUGUUCACCACGAAUGGCCUUAG